GUGGGCAGUAAUGGACGCGAGUGGCGGGAUGACGGCGGCGUGGCCCGGCCGGCUGGCAGCCAGAGGCAGAAGACAGGUGAACCAGUGAGGGGAUUCAGGGAUGACUGGUGUGGACACAAGAAACCAAUGGUCACAGAGGAGAGACAGUGCACUCCAAGAAGUUCUGUGCAGUGUCCUUCUUCAGCUGCAAAGUCAGCUGGUUUCUGCAACUUCCUUUCUGUGUCCAAACAGUUUUGAUCCUCUGGCUUCUGCAGAUUCCAAGACAGGCUUUGCUGAGGAAACAUCUUAGAGAUUCGUUGUAUUUCUAAACCUUCAAUGUUUACAUCUUGUGGUUAUUGACCCUCUUAUGAGAUACAUUUUGGAAAUCAAAAUGGAAGGCGCCCAAGAAGUUUUGGACCAGUUAUACAAGAAAGUACUUCUUGGAGCCACCCUUGAAGAUGAUAUCCAUAGUUACAUCUUUUAUCUCAACCCAGAUCUCUCAGGACAAGCUGGUCAUACAACAUCCUCUUUAGCUCAGGCAAGUGUCAAUGGUGUGCUUGAUGCCAUGCCAGGCCCGCAUGGGCCAUCUUCCAGUGAGGUGACUGCCCCUCCUGAAGCACAGGAGUGUAUGAAGAGGCAGUUUCACGUGAAUAAGGCCUGGGAGGUGAAGCUCCUCCAGUUAACAGUGGUCCAUGCAAUACUGAGCCGAGUGCUGUCUGCCGAAACUGAGACCCACACAAAGGAGGGGUACAGAGAGCUGAUUGAAGUCCUUCUGCAGUCAACUGAAAUUGAUUCCAAAUUGAUCUGCAUGCUCCAGGAUUCUGAUAAGUUGUUGUCUCACAUGACUGCGAAGUGCCUCGCAUCACUCCUUUAUUUCCAGCUGAGAGAGAAGACAACGUUAAGUCAUCCCUGGAUCACUUUUUGCGAGAAGCAUCUCUCUGAAUCCCUGGAGAGUGCUGAAGCAGUGCAUUGCCUGUGGAUCCUUACCGCUGUGAUAAAGGAAAUCCUUAAAGAUACGCAUCCACAGAGAACAGAAAUUCUAAAGCAGCUCUUGACUCCUCUUGAUAUUACUUUUGAAGUGUUCUACACUUCCUUAUUUUCUCAGCAUUUUGGAGACUUCCGGAAUCCCUCUCACAUAGUCAACAGCCUCGUGUGCUGUCUGGAGCUGCUGGAGCUCCUCGCAGCCUCCAGAAUCCACCUAAAACUGCACUUUAAAAGCCAAAGGAUCUUAUUUUUGAAACCCUGUGCUCUCAAUAUUCUUGCCUGGCCUAUCCCGGCUUUUGUUAAGAGGAAAUUGGUUAUACUCAUCAAAAAGUGCCUUCUCUGUAAAGUGGGAGAAGAUCUCUGCUGUGGAUCUGUGCCCUUUCUGAUAUCACCAGAGCAUCUUCUGGAUGGUGACAUGCUGGCUUUAGCUGAUGCACUUCUGCAUGCUGUGCACUUGGGGUUGUGGAAGGCAUUGUCUAUUCCUAGAAAGCCUUCCUGCUUUGGAGGGGAUGAAGUUCAGCCUGGAUGCAGACCCAGGUCUGGUCCUGAUCACGUGACCCUAAGAGCAGCAAGCUUGAUUACAGUGAAAUCCUUAGAAAUCAAGUUCCAGAACUGUACCUCAGCAAAUGAAAUGAAAGUUGACUUGCAGAAGUUCAUGUCCGAGUUACUGGCCUUCUUAAAGCCUCACCUUCAGCCCUCCCUACAACUGCACAACCCAUGUGAAUGGCUGUCCAGGGUCUUCAUAGAGCAGGAUGAUGACAUGCUAGAGGCUGCCAGAGCAUCCCUGAGUAUCUACCUCCACUUGACCAGAGAAUGGGACACUUGUGCAUGUCUGACUCAAGAAAGAGAAGCAUGGAUCCACUACACACAUGGAAAUGGCUGUAAUCCUCACUGUAUUUUCUUAUUCUUCUUAAAAAGUAUAGCCUUUGACUCUACAGUUCUUCUUGACUUCUUGAUUUCCUCAGAAACCUGUUUCCUUGAAUAUUUUGUUAAAUAUUUAAAAUUACUGCAGAAAGACUGGGACCACUUUCUGUCCAUCUGCAAGUUCUUUGCUGCAACAGGACCAAAAUGUGGAGUAAAUGUUCAUGAUCCUCUUCCCUCACUCGUCCACAACGGAAGCACCAGCCACAUGGUCCCUCGUGCUCUGGCUUCUCCUGUUGGUUGCAUAAAUGCUUGCCUGUGGAUCCCCCAGGCUUCUGAUGCCGCCUUUGACUCCCAGAGCCAGACUGUGAUGCCCAAGGAGACCCAUACAGUGCCAGCCCAUGGCCCACCUUCCUGGACACCACAGAGUCUGGUAGACUAUGACAGCUCAGGAGGUUCUGAUGAGGAAGCCCCAAGUGAGCACCUGGUAAACAGCAAACAGACAUCUCUAUGUCAAGAACUGACCAGGGAAGUUCAGGGCCUGCCUAGGACAUGUAAGGAUCAAAAAGAACUAAGCCUGGAGCCUCAAUCGCGGCCUGUGCAUCCCAAAGAGGCCAGUCCUCUCUUCUCUGCCAGUGGUAAUGGUGCUCCAAGUGGGACCAUCCAGGAAGUGGGACCGUUUCUUAGAACACUGAAAUGCCUUGAGGAGCUACACAGUGCUAUUUAUCGUCUGCAGGAGAAAAAUCUCUUUCCGUAUAACCCAGCAGCACUUCUGAAGCUGUUGAAAGGGGUGGAGGCGAAGUGUCAUAACGUGGGAGCCCUGGGUAGCACAGCAGCGUUUGUCUGAGGGGCUUGUUUUCGUUUAUAUUAAUUGAAUUUCUAAGACAAAUAAAAUUACCUGGUACAGCUCAGUAACAGCUGAAAGUUUAUGCUAGUUCAGACUACACGGAAUUGGCCAUGACAAAUGACUGCAUAUUCCGUAGCCUAAAACAAGUGAGAUUUAGUCUCUUAUUUCUGGGGGGGGCCAGAAGCCUAAAUUCAAGGUGCCAGCAGGGUGGGAUGUCUUUUCUUCUGGUCACAGCAAUGCCGAGUGUCCCUUGCCUGGUAAUGUGUCACCUCAGUCACUGCCUUACGUGGCACUGUCUCUGUGUGUAUGUCUGUCAGAAUACAGUAUGACCUCAUCUUUACACCUGCAAGGACCUUAUACUGCAGUAGGGCACAUUCAUGGCUUCCAAGUGGACAUGAAUCUGGGGGAGAUACUGGCCCAGGACAAUUUUUAUUUCUCUGAAGUGUUUACAUACAGUGAUGGGUAAGAGGAAAACUUUCAAGUCAAGGUCUCUGUAUGUAGCCCAGGAUGGCCCCAAACUUGCUAUGUAGCCCAAGGUGGUCCUGAGCUUACCUUCCUUCUGCGUUGGCCUCUGAAGUGCUGGCAUUAGAGUUGUGUGUACCCUCAUGCCCAUAUCAGAGACACUUGAAGAGGAAUAAUUAGCUCCACCUGCUUCACCUGCACAUGCACAGGGUUCUCAAAGAAGUUAGUGGCCAAGAUGGCAAAUGUCUAUAACCUCCACGUGUGGAGGACGGAGGCAGCUUAAGGCCAUCCUGGACUGAAAAGUUAGGCCAUACCGCAAAAAUAAAAUUAAUUGACAUAAUAUCUUACUUGUUUGUGUCCCUAGUGUUAUUCUGAUCAGUGUAUCUAAUA